CCACAUUACCACAUACACAUUAAGUACCGAACGUGUACAGUGAGUAGCUUUGAGCCUUUGAUGAAGCACAAAUACAGAUGCGUCGCACACUCAAAUUUUACGGAUCCGCCGUAUUCGCCAGUAUCAUCAGUUUCUUCCACGAAGUCCUGAUCCAACCACUGGAACACCUUUGCUCUGAAGUACAAAAGCCAACUGCCGUCUCCCCCAAACAGCCCCCGAACAUGAACAGAGACGAGCCGGCAUGCAAUACGUACAACUACGGAGACGCCCUUUAUUGGGAUGCUAGGUAUAUUCAAGAAGCAGGGGUUGGUCCCUUCGACUGGUACCAACGCUAUUCGUCUCUUCGCCCUUUUGUUCGAAAGUAUGUCCCCACCUCUUCCCGUGUUCUCAUGGUCGGCUGUGGUAAUGCCGUUAUGUCGGAGGAAAUGGUGAAGGACGGGUAUGUGGAGAUAGUGAAUGUUGACAUAUCAUCAGUGGCUAUUGAUAUGAUGAGAAAAAAAUAUGAACACGUAGGUGAACUGCAAUACAUGCAAAUGGAUGUUAGAGAUAUGAGCUUAUUCCCGGAUGAUUCAUUUGAUAGUGUCAUUGACAAAGGAACUCUUGAUUCAUUAAUGUGUGGUACGAAUGCUCCAAUUAGUGCCUGUCAAAUGCUAGGUGAAGUGAACAGGGUUCUGAAGCCUGGUGGCGUCUAUAUGCUGAUAACUUAUGGUGAUCCCACAGUGAGGAUGCCUCAUCUGAAUCGACCUGUGUACAGCUGGAAAAUUGAGCUAUACAACAUACCUAGACCUGGAUUUAAUAAGCCAGACUCAACCCCUAGUUCAAGGUCACAUUUGGAACCUGUACCUUUGACCGAGACGGGCUUAAUUUCUGCUGAUUAUGUUAUGGAAGACCCAGAUUCACAUUUUAUAUACAUCUGUAAAAAGCCACCAAGCGUUGCAUAUGAUUCAGGGUAAACUUCUUCUGGCCGCGUUUGGCUACCUGUUUGAAGCAUGCAACAUAAGUUUUCUUCCAUUCAUACCAUCUGUAGUAUCUAUAGAAAUGUAUGUAAAAAACAUGGCUUGGGUAAGAGAUGCUGGAAAUAAAGUUGCUAUAGUACUCUCAUUGUGUCUGUUAUUUAAUGAUGAAAACGAUAAGGAAAAGGAAGUGUGGGAUUACUUGUUUGGUCCAAUCCGUUAAGUGCGGGGCAGUGGAAGUGCAAAUAUUAGAAUGUGUAAUUUUGCUAUAUGAAUGUUAUUAUUUUUCCAUA